AUGCGGUUUAAUAUUGGGUCGGUGGAUACGCUGGAGAGGAAGCUAGAGCAGGCGCAGGAUGAUUUGGGUAUCGAGCCGCAUGAGUACGUCCCGGUCGUGUACUCGGACGAUGCCGCGUUUUCGAGGAUGCUGCUCGACUGGAUUCCCACGCUGGGCUUUGUGGCCGUGCCGGGGUCGGGGCCCUUCGGAGGGGCAGGCGGAGGGGGUGGGCCAGCGGGCGGGAUUUUCAAUGUCGGUAAGGCCAAUGCUACAGUUCUCAACUCGGAGAACAAUAAGGUCGACAUCACCUUUGCCGAUGUCGCUGGGCUUAACGAGGCCAAGGAAGAGAUCAUGGAGUUUGUGCAGUACUUGAAAAAGCCGGACAAGUACAAGGAGCUUGGCGCAAAGAUCCCCAAAGGGGCCCUCAUGUAUGGACCACCGGGGACGGGUAAGACGCUGCUGGCAAAGGCGACAGCGGGGGAGGCCGGGGUGCCGUUUCUGACGAUGUCAGGGUCGGAUUUCAUGGAGAUGUUUGUAGGUGUUGGGCCUAGUCGCGUGCGCGAUUUGUUUGCACAGGCAAGGUCGAUGACGCCGUGCAUCAUCUUUUUGGAUGAGAUCGACGCUAUCGGAAGGAAGAGGGGGCGCGGAGGGUUUGCAGGAGGUAAUGAUGAGAGGGAGAAUACUCUCAACCAGUUGCUUGUUGAAAUGGAUGGGUUUGCGAGCAACAGCGGCGUCGUGGUCCUGGCAGGAACAAACAGAGCGGACGUGCUUGAUCCGGCCCUGCUGCGUCCGGGGCGGUUUGACAGGCAGAUCGUCAUAGACCCUCCCGACAUAUCUGGACGUCGCGAUAUCUUUAACGUUCACUUGCGCAAGAUUCAGGUUGCUGAUCCGCCGGGCAAGGACGAAAUUGCGAAGCAGAUGUCUACUCGUACUCCUGGCUUUGCAGGGGCUGACAUCGCGAAUGUUUGCAAUGAGGCUGCCCUCAUUGCUGCGAGAAGCAACAAGGAAGCAGUUGAAGCUGAGGAUUUCGAGGCAUCGAUUGAUCGCGUUAUCGGGGGACUGGAAAAGAAGAACAUGGUCAUGAGCCCAGAAGAGAAGAAGACAGUUGCGUACCACGAGGCCGGCCAUGCCGUCGCCGGGUGGUUUCUGGAGCAUGCCAUGCCGCUGCUAAAAGUUAGCAUCAUCCCGCGCGGGAGCGCAGCGCUUGGGUACGCGCAGUAUCAACCUUUGGAGCGAUACUUGGUGUCGAAGGAGGCGCUGAUCGACCAAAUGUGCAUGACGCUUGCUGGGCGCGCUUCGGAGGAGAUUUUUUUUGAUAGUGUGACGACAGGUGCAUCCGACGAUUUCAACAAGGUUACUCGCAUGGCGUACCAGAGCGUAUCCGAAUGGGGCUUGGGUGAUACAGUCCGUAAUCUGGCAUUUCCGGGUGCGGGCAGUGGGGACGGCGAUGACGGGUUUUACCGGCCUUACUCUGACCGGACAGCGAGACGAAUCGAUGAGGAAGUUCGAGAAAUGGUUUCCGAAGCUUACAUUCGCACUAAACAACUCCUUCUUGAUAGGAAAGAGGAUGUGGAGAAAGUGGCGCUGUUGUUGUUGGAGAGGGAGGCUAUUGGGGCUGAAGAUAUGAUUCGCAUGCUCGGCAAGCGUCCCUACGGUGCAGAUCGAAGUACCUAUGAUGAGAUUCUCGAAGACGCUAAAAAGCUGGAUGCGGACGACAACGAUGCGAGCAAUGUUGGUGAGGCUGGGGUCAGCCCCAGCGCGGCGUAGCUGUUUGCACGGUUGCGCAGCUUGACACACUAAAGACGAUCGUAUCUGCCGAGGAAAACGGGUAUUUGUGAAGGAGCCUGUUGAUGUACCGUAAAGUAAAAACUUUAAUAACUUUAA